AUGUUCUCCAGCAGUCGACGAGAGUCAGUGAGCAGGAGCUUCUCCAAAGGCCACAAAUCAAGCAAGGUGAACAAGUCUAGUUCAUCGUUCAGUAAGGAUAGCGGCGUUUCGAAGCGACGCCAUGAGUCCCGUCAACGUAGACCUACGACGGCUUCUACUUCAGCCACCGAAGACACUAUCAUGAGCAAGUGAGUUGAUUUCAUCUUUAUCCUCCAUCGUAUCUAUCAACAACUACUAACAAUUUUUUUUUGCAGUGGUUCCUCUUCGUCUAUCGUCACUCUUGUCGUUGGAGCCGAGCAACGUCUUUUCGCCGCCCACGAAGACAUCCUUUGCGCAAGCCCAUACUUCGCCACCGCGCUUCGAAACGGAUACAUGGAUCCGGCGACGAAGAGAAUCGCACUGCCUGAGGAGGAGCCGGAGAUCUUUAGCUCGGUCCUCGAGUAUCUAUACAAGGGCGAUUACUUCCCUCGCCUCGUCAAGCGCAGAAACUCUUAUGAGCUGGAGUCUGAUGAUGAUCGCCGGGCUGUGGAAAGCACCAUCUAUCUUCACGGUAUCGACGGCGACCUUCUCAAAGAUACUGUCAUCUAUUGUACGGCUGAGAAGUACGGACUGAGUGAGCUGAAGAAGCUGGCUCUUCGGAAGCAAGGUCUCCGUGAGUAUUUCAUAAUCUCAUUGCCACAUCUACGUUUGUUUCUAACACCGCAACAGAGUCCGGAAUACAGUGCAGCACUAUUCUUGCCUCGGCCAGAUAUGCAUACGCAAACACUCCCGACAAUGACUCUAAACUUAGGGCUCACUAUCUCGCACUCAUCAUCCGCUCGCGCAGCACUUUCAAGCGCAGUGGCACGAUGCAACUUGAGAUGUACAACGGCGGAAGUCAACUGUUCUUUGAUCUAUUUGUGGCUUUGA